ACCGUCUAUACUCCGGAUUGUGCUUGGGUGGGACGAAAACCAGGAGGCGGCGGCCAAUGCUUCAUCACAUACCAUCUCCAAAUCUCAACCCAGGUAACCAUUCUUCAUUCUUUCCACCUUAAGCAACAACCUUUGUUUCUCAAUCAAGUCAAAUGCUUCGUUUAUUUUGCUACAAACUGCCCCAACAAUUAAGGCGUAAAGCUUCGCCGCUUAGCCAUGGCAACUUGUUCUCAACCUCCACUCUAAAAACCAUUUCAAAAUGCCCUAAUUCCAAGGACCCACAAUCUCUGACAGUCUCCUUCCUGCAAACCUCAUGCGGUUUGUCCUUGGAAUCAGCUAUUUCAGCUUCCCAGAAGCUCAGCAUUGACAACCCAAAGAACCCCAACUCAGUUCUGGACCUGUUGAGAGCUCACGGUUUGACUCAGACCCACAUCAGAAAUCUAAUUAGCAGUCGUCCACUAUUGCUUUUGGCUGAUUUAGAGAAUACCCUUAAGCCCAACAUGAAGUUGUUUGAAUCCUUGGGGUUCUCUAGCACUAGCCUUGCGAAAAUGCUUGGCAGAGACCCACGUGUGCUUGAAAGUGAUGCAUACACUGUUGUUGAGUUUUUUAGAGCUCAUGGUUUCAGUGAUGACCAAAUAUCAACUUUGACCAUGAAGCGUCCACUACUGUAUUUUCUCAAUGCACACAAGAUCUUUAAGCCAAAGUUGGAGUUUUUCAAAUCUUUGGGUUUGUCGAAUCUUGAAAUUGCAAAGCUUUUAUCCACGGCGCCUUAUAUUCUAGAAAGAAGCCUCGAAAACCAAAUCAUUCCUUGUGUCCAAGAGCUUAGGCGGAUUCUUGGCACUGAUGAGAAUGUCGUAAAGGCUAUAAAGGCAUGCUGCUCUAUGGUUGGAUUUAAUGUGGAAGUAGUACAGCCCAACAUGUCGAUGUUGAUAAGCCAUGGUGUACCCGAGUCAUUAGUUUUGAAAAUGUUCUUGAUUCAGCCAAAGUUUCUACUUGUGAGGACUUAUCGGUUUAGUGAGAUUGUUAGUGACGUAAUGAAAUUGGGUUUUGAUCCCAAUAGUCUGCUAUUUGUUUGGGCCAUCCGUGUGAUGGCAGUAAUGAGUAAGACACUGUGGGAGCAAAAGGUGGAAGCUUAUAAAAAAUUUGGUUUGUCAAGGGAUGAGAUCUAUUCAGCAUUCAAAAGGCAGCCAUUGUUUAUGACUGUUUCAGAGAAGAAGAUCCAGAAAUCGAUGGGUUUCUUUGUGAACAAAGUGAAGAUGAAGCCUUCGCUAAUUCCCAAGAAUCAAUAUCUUCUACUGUAUAGCUUGGAGAAGAGGAUUAUUCCGAGGUGUUCGGUUCUGCAACUUUUGAUUUCAAAGAGGUUGAUCAAGGAAAAUACUAGCAUUUUUCGUGCAAUCAGAAUGAGUGAGAACAAAUUCGUGGAGAAGUUAGUGAGCAAGUAUCAAAAUGAGGCCCCUGAUGUUGUUAGAGCGCACCAAGGGAAGAUAGAAUUUCAAGGGUUCCCCAUUGAUUUGAAAAUGUGAGUAUCAUGAGAUCAUCGAAUGCUCUGGGCAUUGCCUGAAAAUCAUGCGUUCAGUUUGAGUUCAUUAUGUUGGCAGUAGGCUGUUUUCUUCAUCCUAGGAAAGCAAUAAAUUCCAGAUGUUUUGCAUUAGCUUCAUAUAAUUUAAUCCAUCUGCAUUACAGUCAUACAGUUCAGGAGAUGGAAAUCCUGGAAUACUCUGAUUACUCGGGAGGAUGAUGUAAUUUGCAAAAGUAGUUCAAAUAUGAAGGCAUUCUAGGAUGUUCAAGAGUGCGAGGCCUUAUGAUCAGAUUUUAUCAUAUGCAACUUUUUGAGAUAUGUGAGGAAAAGCACUGAAGAUAUCUUUCUCACUCAUCUUAUAUUUUUGUUUUGAUCUUUCUCACUCAGCUUGUCCAAAGUUUAAGCAUUUGGAUCCUGAGAGGAGCCGGUUAGUUUAAGUAGAAUGGCAGAAUUGUCCAAAAAAAUAUGAAAUGAUAACUUUGCCCUUACUAAAGGGCUUCUUCCAAGUU